AUGGCUUCAACUGCAGCCAGCCCUGAUUUCAAUCGCGAGAUCCACCAUCGACGGGUCGCUCAGAAUACGAACGACAACGCAAGCAACUACAACGCAUAUUCAAGUUCCGGACCACCAGUAGACUCAACUCUUCUGCCGACCGGCUCUCGCUCCCUCUCCUUCAUUGGGCUUCAAGCUUGGUGUCUGGGGAAUACCUUCGCUGGAGGACUACUUCUCACGAUCUACCUCAUCUCAAACAAUUCGCCAUGGUGGCGUCUUCCAGCAUUCUUUACAUGCCUCGCGUUGUUCCAUUUCCUAGAGUACUACACUACUGCGCAAUACAAUGUCCCUGCUACGCGGGCCUCCAGUUUCCUUCUAUUUAGCAAUGGCAGCGCGUACACGACCGCACAUGCCUUGGCUACCCUGGAGAUUGUCCUGUCCAAUUUCUCGAGCCGAUAUCAAUUGCUUAUCGCCAAUCCUCUGGUGAUCACAGUCGGACUGAUACUGAUUAUCGUGGGUCAGAUUGCACGUAGUGUGGCAAUGGCGCAUGCGGGCACGAACUUCAAUCACACAAUCGCACGAGAGCGGAAGGAGAGCCAUGUGCUUGUCCAAGACGGGAUCUACGCGUGGUUGCGACAUCCCAGCUAUUUUGGCUUCUUUUGGUGGGCUUUGGGUACGCAAUUACUUGUGGGAAACAAGAUCUGCUUACUGGGUUACACCGUCGUGCUUUGGAGGUUUUUCGCUCGACGUAUCUAUGGGGAAGAGCGAUUCUUGGUGCAAUUCUUUGGCAGCGACUACGAAGAAUACAAGAGAAAGACAUCGACAUAUAUCCCUCUGAUUAGAUGA